GAACGAAGAGACAGAAAUGGAGAAAGACGUAGAUGUUUUAGGGAAAUAUAGAGCGGUAACUAACAAAUUGAAGAAGCGCUUUCUAAAAAGACCCAAUGUAGCAGAGGGUAUAGAGCAAUAUUCUGCCCUUGCAAAGAGUUUAAAACAGCAGGAUUGUCCACAGUAUGCAGGGUUUUGUUGUUUAGCACAAGCAAGAUGUGAGCACACUUUGGUGAAUGCAGCUGGUGAGGCACAAGCCUUGACCUCAGCUGCACGGGCAUUUUUGGAUGCAGAACUUGCCAAUCGGGAAAUGAAGUGUCCAAGCUUUGAAGAACAUCUCACAGCAGCAAUAAACUGUUUCAGUCAUGCUAUUAGAGUUUACAUUGAAAACAAUCAUAUCUCAUUGGCUGCAGCUCUCUCAAUAGAACUUGGAAAUGCUUUGAAGAGUCUAAACAAACCUGGUGAAGCAAUGUCCCACUUCCAGAGGGCAGCAGAACUUCAGUCUCAGAGUCCACUGGAAUGUUUACACUCUCUUGGGUCGGUUGCCUCCUGUAAAGUGGAAAUGAAGGAUUAUGAUGGUGCUCUUGGGGUUUUGACAGAAAUGGCGUAUCUUGCCCAGGAAAGGGGUGGGUCCUCUACCACUGGGAAACCUAUAGGAGCAUACUGUGACAUCCUAGCUCGUUGUGAGAUUACAAGAGUGCUCUUACUCAUGUUAUUACAACCUACCCCACAAAGGAUCAGACCAGAACAUGCACAGACACUGGAAAAGUAUGCCUGGGAGUCCUCUGAUGACCAUGCCACUGCCCAGUUUCUGUCAGAAGAUCUAUUUUUGAUGAUGCAGUCAGUUGUGAUGGCUUGUCAGUCUCAAGACUUUACUUCUCUCCGUACUCUACAGACAGAGUUGUGGCCCUUACUGACUGGAGAGCAAAAUGAACUAUUAUUUCAGAUCAUUAAAGAAAUGUCACAUCCAUCUGGGGAAGGUGUGUGAACAAUUGGAUUGUGUGAUUGGCUAUCAUAGUGUGAUAUAUUGGUUCAUUUUCAAACAGGAACAUUUUAUUUCAAAUUAUUUUCAUGAAAACUUCAAAAUCAUUCCAAAUGAGAAUGGCAAAGAGAACCAGAAAGAAAAGUUUUAAAGGGAACAUACUCCACUGAACAUUUCCCUUAACCAAAGAUACUGCGUCCAUAUCAAGUUAUCUCCCCUGAAACACAUGGUGCCAGGAUUUCUUUUUGAGCUACAUCAUGUUAUAAUCAGCCAUUCCUUUUCUUCUGAUACAAUAAAUCAAUGGGAAGCCACUUUCAUCUUGAAUGUCUUAAUUGAAAAGACAUCACCAAUCACCAUUGAAAAUAAUGACAUACAUACAUGUUUAGAUGUGCUAUUUCUAAUAAUGGAACAGGUUUUGUUUAUCAAAUAUUCUUUGCUUGAUGAUGUUUUAAAUUAUUUAUUGACUCAAAGUGCUGUGUUACUGUAAAUAUAUGUAUGUCUAAGUAAAUCUAGAGCAAAAUUAUACUUCUAAACAUCCAUAAGGAUAUGUGUGUGUACUAGUUGUUAAGUCAUGUGACGUACUGUUUGCUGACCAUUAUCAAAUGUUAAACAGAUAAAUGUAGAGUAAUGCACAGUUUAAUUAGUGCUUUUUAGAUGUAACAAAUUAUUACACCAUUUUUUUUUUCAAAUUUACCAAUGUAAUUCAAAUUAUCACUUCACUAAUUGGCAAAUGGAUCAAAAUCUCGCUCUGUAGGAGGCCACUACUACUAAGUGAUUAUGUAUUGUGGGCAUUGUGCAAUACCUGUUGGAAAUCUGGAAGGGUCUUGGUCUGUUAAUGUAUUUAAAUGUUCAACACAAGGCCAUACACAUGAAGAUGAUUGUAAGAACUGAUUAUGUGAAGAUAAUUUUGAAUAAAAGUCAUUUGUAUUCUUUAA